GUUUAUCUUUCCAUUGUGUCUUUGAGUCUGCAUCUGGGUCAUCCUUACCUGUACUGCUACAAUAGUUGUGACAAUAGUAGCUCUAAAAUCCUGCCUACACCCUUGCGAAGAGGUCGGUUUCCAGGGAAUGAAGGAAUCGGGAAUACCCCCUCCAGAACGCACGUGCGCGCGCAGUGGGCGUGCCCUUCCUCCAGCUGGAGUAAAUAGAGGCGGCGCAGCACCGUGCGCUUCUGACCGGGACCGGCCACGUCCCUGCGCUCCGACACCGGCUGACGCACGAACAGCGCUCCGCUUCAUCCCUGCACUGCCCCGAGCUGCGCGUCUCACAGGCUCCAGAAUUAGACACGGAUUAUAUGAUACAGGUGCCCCAGGUGGCCUCCCUCUGUGCACUUGGCACUUCCCACUCUGAAACCUCAUCUGAAGCCCACUGGGAGGUCUGACGCAACCUUUGAAGGCAUCAAGUAUGAAGUUGGUCAGCUACAGGCUGAGAGAGAUGAAGACAUGUGCCAUGUUCCUCGCAGCUCUGCUGCUCCCCAGCAUCCAAGCAGUAUGUCCAGAUAAGGAGCCAGGACUGCAGCCAUGGAUGCCAGGACACAGUGAAGACCACCGUGUUAAAAUCGGCUAUGGCAGGAAGGUCCUCCUCACAACUUCAGCUACGGUCCACUCCAUUGAGAUUCUCAAUGGUGGAAAGUUGGUGAUUGCUGACACCAACCGACCCAUACUGCUGCGAACAAAACACAUUCUGAUUGGGAACAAAGGAGAAUUACACAUCGGAAGCCCAGACUGUCCUUAUAAAGGCAACCUCACCAUCUCUCUUUUUGGAAGAUUGGAUGACAGUGAUCAGGAACACGGCUACUUUGGGAGGAAGUACAUUGGCGUGGGGACAGGAGGGACACUAGAGAUCCACGGAGAAAAGAAACUGUCAUGGACAUUCCUAAACAAGACCCUCCACCCCGGAGAGAGCAACCAAAACAACUACCAGUUUCAGAGAAGCUGGGGGAACAGAGGCAUCAUUAUCCACGUCAUCGAUCCCAUGACUGGAGAGGUGCUGCACGAUGACAGGUUUGACACAUACCGCAGUAAGGAUGAGAGUCGUCGCCUUGCAAAGUAUGUGGAUGGCGUGGAAGCAGGGUUCAUACUAGCCAUGGUGGUCAACGACGAGGGCUCCAACAACUUGGAGGACUCAGCCAAGAAAAGCCUCUCCAGGCUGGGCAGUCAGCACAUCAGCAGUCUGGGAUUUCGGCAUCCCUGGACUUUUAUAGUGACAAAAGGUGACACUUCUUCAGUUGUGGAGGAUCACACUGUUUAUCAAGGGACCAAGGCCUCUUCAGAGGCCCGGAGCUUUCGUGUUUUUCGGUCGAGUUAUGGGGAACACUUCACCAUCACCACCAUCAGCCAGUGGGUGCAAGAGUCAGAGUGGACAGAAUGGUUUGACAGGGAUGAUGAGAGGGGAUCUGGAGACUGGGAGAAACUGUCUGACCUGCACGAGGCCUAUCCAGACCGACUGUGUGGCAAUCCACUGGACAUCCAGGCUGAAACCCAUGAUGGCAUACCACUGAACCAGACAGGAGAUGUGAUCCACAAGAAUGACAAGGACUAUGGUUUUGUCUGCCUCAACAAGGACCAGGCUCAUGGCCUCUGUCGCAACUACAAGGUCCGCUUCCUCUGUGGAAAACUGGUUCGUCCCCAGGCCUCCAUUUCCAUCAACAUCUUAUCCAACAGCAGCAUCCUGGAGCUCACCGACCAACCAGAGGGCUGGGUGUCAGGGGAUCAGGUGGUGGUGGCCAGUACUGACUACUCCAUGCACCAGGCUGAAGAGUUCACCCUGUUGCCCUGCCCUACUUGCACAUCCAACCAGGUCAAGGUCCAAGGUAAGGCCAGGUUCAUCCACAUGGGUGAGGAGGUGGACGGGGUGGAUAUGAGGGCAGAGGUUGGCCUACUGAGUCGUAACAUCCUGCUCCGUGGUGAGAUGGAGCCCGGCUGCUAUGGCAAUGAGGCCUGCAAAUUCUUCGACUUCGACACUUUUGGUGGACACUUGAAGGUGGAGCGGGGCUUCAGGGCGGUUCAUAUAUCUGGGAUGGAGCUGCAGCACAUGGGCCAGCAGACGAUGGGACACUAUCCGGUUCAUUUCCAUAUGAAUGGAGACGUGGAUGAGAGGGGAGGCUACAACCCCCCCACCUCUGUCAGAGAUCUGUCCAUCCACCACUCCUUCUCCCGCUGUGUAACCAUUCACGGCUCCAACGGAAUGCUGGUAAAGGAUGUGGUGGGCUAUGACACACUGGGACACUGUUUCUUCACGGAGGAUGGUCCAGAAGAGAGGAACACGUUUGACCACUGUCUAGGACUGAUGGUACGAGCAGGAACUCUGUUGCCUUCAGACAGAGACAGCAAAAUGUGCCGUGACAUCACUGAAGGAGCUUACCCAGGAUAUGUGGCCAACCCACGCCAGGACUGCAGCGCAACUUCAACUUUCUGGAUCGCCAAUCCCAAUAACAACCUCAUCAACUGUGCUGCUGCAGGCUCAGAGGAAACAGGUUUCUGGUUCAUCUUCCACCAUGUGCCCACUGGCCCUUCAGAGGGGCUGUACUCCCCCGGACACACAGAACACGCACCUAUGGGCCAGUUCACCAACAACAGAGCCCAUUCGAACUACAGGGCUGGAAUGAUCCUUGAUAAUGGAGUAAAGACCACCCAGGCUAAUGACAAGGACAAGAGACCCUUCUUGUCUCUGAUUGGAGCCAGGUAUGGCCCCCACCAGGAUGCUGACCCCUUCAAACCAAGAGUCCCUGCUCUCAUCCACCACUUUGUAGCCUAUAAGAACCAGGACCACGGAGCCUGGCUGAGAGGAGGGGAUGUCUGGCUGGAUGACUGCCAAUUUGCUGAUAAUGGCAUUGGCCUCACUCUGGCAAGUGGAGGGACGUUUCCAGAUGAUGACGGCUCUCGUCAGCAGGUGAAGAACUCGCUGUUUGUGGGUGAAAGUGACAAUCGCGGGAUGCCCGUCCCUGACAACCGGAUCUGGGGCCCCGGGGGUUCUGACUUCACUGGCAGGACCCUGCCACGCGGCAUUGAUUUUCCUAUCCGGGGAAUGCAGAUCUAUGACGGGCCCAUCAACGUGCAGAACUGUACAUUUCGGAAAUACACAGCACUGGAUGGACGACACACCAGUGCCUUUGGUUUCAGGCUCAAUAACUCGUGGCAGAGCUGCCCCAACAAUAACGUCACUGACAUCACCUUUGACCGCGUACCAAUCACUUCUCGGGUGUUUUUUGGGGAACCGGGUCCCUGGUUUAAUAAGAUGCAAAUGGACGGGGAUAAGACAACCAUCUUCCACGACAUCGAUGGCUCGGUCAGUGAGUAUCCCGGAGCCUUCCUGGUUAAAGAGGACAACUGGCUGCUCCGUCACCCGGACUGCAUCGAUGUGCCCGACUGGAAGGCUGCCAUCUGCAGCGGUCGCUACGCACAGAUCUACGUCCAGACACGUAACCCUGCUAACCUGAACAUGCACGUAGUGAGGGACGAGUACCCCGAUCGGCCCCUGACACUAGAGGGCGCGCUAGGGAAGAGAAAACACUAUCAGCAAUUCCAGCCAGUCAUUACACUGGCCAAAGGCUACACCAUACACUGGGACCAGGCGGCGCCUGCUGAGGUCACCAUCUGGCUCAUCAACUUCAACAAAAAUGACUGGAUCGACGUGGGCCUCUGCUACCCACAAAGCACCACUUUCACCAUCAUCUCCGAUAUCCACAACCGCCUGACCAAACAGACCCGCAAGACCAGCGUCUUCAUGAGGACGACACAGAGGGAGAAGAUCAACCACUCCCACCUGGCCAGAGGAUACUACUACUGGGAGGAAGACACUGGCCUGCUGUUCCUGAAGGCAAAGGCUCACAACGACAGGGAGCAGUUUGCCUUCUGCUCUGUCAAGGGCUGUGAGCGGGUGAAGAUCACAGCCAUCAUCCCUAAUGGCAGUCCACCCAGUAACUGCAUGGCCCAGGCCUACCCCAGACACGCUGAGCUGCCUGUUGUGGAUGUUCCCAUGCCCAGAAAGAUACCUAAUGCCAAGCUGCACUCACCAGGACACUUCGUGGAGGUCAAACUGGAGUCCUACAACACUCGCUUCUUCCACAUCAAGGAGGACUUUGCCUUUACUGAGGUGAACGGAAGGAAGUUGUACCAAGCAGAAGAUGGGGUGCAGCUGACAGUAAUUGACGGGAAUGAUGGGAAGGUGGUGGAGAGCAAAGGCUUCAGGAACUCUAUCCUACAGGGCAUCCCUGCACAGAUAGACAACUACGUCAGUGGACUGCGAGACGGUUCCAUCAUUCUCAUGACAUCUAAGGGCCGUCUGGUUACCAGAGGAUCCUGGACUAAAGUCCUGGAUAGACUUGGAGCAGACAAAAGCAUCAAAUUGAAAGAUAAACUGGCAUUUGUGGGGUUCAAGGGCACCUUCCACCCUGACUGGGUCCAUCUGGUGGUGGACACCGACCGAGCCAAGAUCCAUCAGGUCUUGCCUGUCCCUGUGGUGCACAAGAUUAAACUAUAAGUGGCAGGCAGAGUGGGCAGUCAAGAGACUGUGUACCCCUCAGAUACUGACACACAUAGCCCCCAAAAAUACACAUGCACGACACAAACUUACACAUACACACACACUGCCAGCACUGAAGAGUCAGUUGCUCCAAGCCAUUGGUCCAGGAUCAAGCUGUGUUUUUUUCCAGGUUUGGUGAUCAGAAAAAAUAGUAUCUGAUCUGAUUUGGUGUGUUGAAAAGGGGAAGACCAUUUCCCAGAGCCAGCACUGCCCAUAAUGAACUGUAACUGUGUAAGACACUCACCAUCAGUAGAGCACUUUAAAGUGACAACACACCCUGUGGCAGCCAUAUUGGAGGUCUUAAGCUCUUUAGCAACAAUGGCUCAGAACAACCAAUGGUGUUUGCAGAAAUCCAGUUGUCUCCAAGGACAUUAAUAGACAUGACUGAUAUUGGUUAUGUUUCUGACUGAACACAUUGUUGUUAUGUUUACAUAACGUUAGCUUGCCAGCUAAAGUAACCAUAGGAUUUGAUCAGCUAACCAUAACUGUUAUGCUGUAUAAACAUCCAUUUUCUUUUUUUUCUUAGUUUCAUGCUAACAUUAACAUUGGCCUGUUUGCUAAAUUAUUCUGAAAAAGCCAAAAAACUUAACUGACUCUUCUCAAGCAAAAUCUUGUAGAGCUUUAGCACAGAAACUGUGGCUUAACAAAGCUCAAUCUUGAAUAAUUUGCACAUAGCGUGUCCUUGAACAGAUUUCACUGUUGGUUUACCCCUGCACUCGGACAUAUACAGCAAGAUUAUACUGAUGAACAAUGCUGUUAAGGUUGGGCUAUGCUUGGAAUGAACUAGUUCAUCCAAACACAUCAAAGGCAAAAUGAAUAGUAAAGCUUGAUGGCAGGUAAGGCAAGAUGUGAUAAUCGCGCAAAUAGGGAUAACGUCACACAUUUUUGGUCAGUCUCUCCUUGAACACAUUCAUGGUAUUGAACUCAUUUGGAUACACAAAAAGGGACAGAAUUGUGUAAAGACUGAAAAAAGAGAGUUUGAAAGAGAAGUUCAAACUGUGAAUACUUUCACACCUCCACACGCAAAUUACUUUGACUGAGGGAUUUUCAGUUUGGGUGUUACAAAAAUGACAAAAGGUAAUUCAAGUCAAGUUACAAAAAUUGUCACGUCUUGAGUUAAAGGGCCCUCUUUAACACAAUAGUGCAAAGUAAGUAUCACUUUUCCAGCUGAGGAUCAAGGGAGACUGAAUCUAUUUUGCCUCUGGUUUUCCCUGUGACCCAGCAAGGCUCCUGACCAGGAGGGAACAUUAAUUUAAUGUGGACUAGUUUGUAAAUGUCGUCGGACCACAUCUAAAGGCAAAAGUGUUUGUAGCUGUUCUGAAUGGCGAUUUUAAUUGUGCAGCAAAAAGCCUUUCAUCAUGGAGGUGAUCAAGGUGCAAUAAUUCUUCCAAUGGGAAUUAUGAUGCACACUUUAACUAAAGGAAUUUAUGAUGUUGCAUUUGUCUGCUGACAAAAAAAAAUGAUGGAAGAAGAUAAGUGAGGAAAGACAGCUUGAGAGAAAGAGUUCAAACCCAACCUACUUUCUCACCUCCACACACCUGGUCAAUAACUGUGGUAACCUUGCAAGGGGUGGGGGCAGGAGGUUUCAAAACACUGUUUGACAACCCGACAAGCACUCUUCUAAGCACACUGAUGCCUUCAGAGCCUGCUUCAUGUCUCCCCUGCCCCAAUGUCAAUGAAGCAGCUGCAUCACCUGUUACGAACACAGGAAUUAAGAGGAGAUCUUCUCUCACCCGUGGGUGUUUUCCAUUCCAAACACAUACAGGGAGAGUAGGGGUUUAGUUGCUAAAUAAGAGACAGAGUGACCACAUAGGUAGGAGCUGCUUCACCAGGACAGAAAAUUUUUUGAAAUCGGAUCUUUUGGAAGUCUUGGAAUUCUAAAGUCACAAAAUAUUUUUUGUCAGGUCUUUUACUAGCUUGAUUGGGUAGUCCAUAUAUUCCAUCUGUCAUGUUCUGGACAGGAUCAUGUUGGUAGCAGGAUGAGCAAAGUUGCCCAGAUGUCCUUCUCUCCAGCCACAUCCUCCAUCUCUUCUGGUAAUCUCGACGUCUUCCCAAGACAGAUGGGAUAUAUACACCUUCCAGCAUGUUCUGGAUCUGUUACAGAUCCCAUAUAAACCAGCCAGUAACAAACAGAGCAACUUGAUCUGGAAUAUAGAAACCAGGUCACCCUUCUGAAACCAGGUGAAGCUCAUAAGGGAGCACCUGGGCCUUCACCUAUUGGGCAUGGUUUAGCUCAACAUGAUAAGACAAGACGGGGUUUCAAUUAUGUGGGCUAACCAGUCACAAGGGAGGCCCAAGUGUUUGGCCCAUUGCCAGCUGGAUGGUACUAAAACCGGUUGAAUAUCUUGGUGUGCCCCCCACCUCACCCCCGCUGUGCGUAACACACAAGCACAAGUUCCUUCCACUUCCUGGGCAUAUAAAAUUUGUUAUAUUUGUGACUGCUUCAGACACCAAGGACCUCCUGCUUGGUUACCCAGUGAGAUAUUGAAACAGUUUUGGGUAUGUUGUCCAAUCAGUUGCAAAGUCUUUAACGGAUAUAUGCAGAGGCUCAUAGACAGCGAGUUACAAAUGAAUCUAACCACCUACCAAUGACAAUCAUAUGCAAAUAUUUUGUAUUAGCAGUAAACAUUGUGAGGAAAAAAUGAUACCACCCAGAUUACAUUAUAAUCAACAAAUCUGCAAAAUAUUCAGUGCCAGUGUUUUUUAGUUGGAUUACUCUUCAAUAUAUAUGCUUGGAAACUAAAGAGAGAUCAGGUACAAAACUAUUUUGCUAACAAAAGGGGUACAUCAUGGUCAUCGAAUGGAUUACUGAAGGGCCAUACCAGGCACAGGCCAGGGGUGGGGGGCUCCAGGGCCAGAGCCUUAGUAUAAAGUGGGAGUUAACUAUAAUAUAUUACGCUAAUAUUUCUUGUUGGGAAGUCAAUCAAAUAACAACAAAAUGACCAUAAGGAGACGCAAAAGAGCACAAAGACACAAAUUGAUGCAAAACAACUACAAAUAGAUGCAAAAUACACCACAAAGAAAUGCAAGGGACCACAAUAAGAUGCAAAAUGACUACAAACAACUACUCUGAUUCAUUUUUGUGUCUCUGAGAGUUCUGGUUGGCCUACAAAAUGUUACUGAGACACAAAGCUAAGACAAAAGGACUACAAACGGAUGGUUUGCAUCUUUUUCACUCUGGGUUUCUUUCUCCUGUGUAGGAGGAGUGAGAGGCCUUAUAUCAUGCCUCUAUAUCAUGAAAUUCAGUUUUUCUCCAAACAACACUCUUGAUCAUGACAAUUCAUUAUAUAAGUUAAAAAGAAAUGCAGUUCGACAUAAUAGUUGGACUGAGACGCACCUUGUCAAGCAGUCUCAGCCACUCGGGUCUGAACACCAGUCUAAACAAACAGUCAAAUACACCAAAGUUCAUUUGAACUAAUAGCCUUCUCUGAUUCUUUUUUUCACUACUUCCUGAUUGAAACACUUAAAGUAAACAAGUUUCUAUUACAAAGAGUUGUCUGAUUGUAGUUCAUAGGAGGCUUGGUUACCUAGAUUUGGGAAGAAAACUGAGAUACUACAUUACUCACUUUUAUGUUGCUCAUUUAACAGAAAUCCUUUUCAAGAGUUUAUUUUUGGCCUGGUUGUUUAAUAUUUAUGUGUUUGAUAUUUUUACUAACUCCUGGCCAAUUCUCCAAUGGACCUCCACAAUGUCAGCCAUGGUUGCCAGACACUUUAUGAUGCAAAUACAAAGCUUCUAAAUGAACAGAGGGAGAAAAUACUAAGAAAGUUUGAGUCACCUAAUCAAACACAUUUAUAAUACAUGCAUCACCGAGCAUCCUUCCCAUGCAGGUCUCCAUGACGUGACAGAUGUAGAAGUUGAGUGGUUUUACCCUCCUGGUUUGUUUGACUAAACUGUUACUGCUAAACUGAGAAAAGAGAAAAGAGGAGGAGGGAAAAAAAAAACAAAACAAAAAAAACAAGCAUUCCUUGUUUUGCAUCCAGACCUGUAGUUGACGACUUGCUCUGUUUCAUUCCAAGCACUUGCUCACUUGAUAUUGUGAUGUUUUCCUCCCAUGUUUUUUUCACAUCAGUGUUUGUGAUCCAUUUGUCUGUGUUUUUGGAGUAAACCAGCAAGAAGCCCAUAACAAUAUAAAAGAUUAAAUUAUCUUGUGAAUGUUAAAUUUGGGAGUUUCUUUUUUCUGUGCAAUUUCCCCAUUUCAAUAUGACAGAAAAACCUUUGUUCCAAUCUGGCAAGAAAAAAGAUUUCCCCACCCUUUGCCGAAAUAGCUGGUCUUUUUUCGGAGGUUGUAGCAGUAAUUUAGUGUUUUGUAUGUUUAAUGUGUUUUUAAAAAUCCACAGAUUGCUAAGAGAUAUAUUUUAUACUUAUUUAUUGUACAGACACAGUUGAUCCAAAUCUACAAGGGACAUUUUUGAGUUGUAAUGUUAUUACUGUCCUGUAUGUAUACUGUAUGUAAGAAACAAUUAUAGCUCCAUUUUAAAAGAUUUGUACCAGACACUCACAGCUUACAUGCAUAUGACUCAUAUGGUAUAGUUGGCUUGUUUUAACUGUACACCUAUUGGAUGUGUUGUAUAUGUGGCUUGGGCUUGUAAAGUGAUGAAACUCCAUGACUUUGAAUUUCUUGAGGAGUUUUGUACAGAAAUAAAUGAUGAUGAACAUUUUGUCGAAUGUCACUGUGUCCCUGCCAGGACUAACAGAGCAACAUACCGUGCAUCGUCUUUAAAAUA